GUUAGUGUUAGAUCACCAACUCUUAACCAUCAAAGUCAAAUCAACCCCUCCAUAUAUAAAACCCACCCUCCAUUUUAUGCGGAUUAUCUAUCGCACUAGCUAGCUACUGAAACUAAGGUUAUUGAGGAUGAGAAUGAGGUGUUUUUGGGGCGUUUUUGGCGUGGCAGUGAUUGUGGUUUGUGGGUUAGCUGUAGAAAGUGAAGCUCAGAAUAGCCAGAAGUGCAUAAACAAGCUGAUGCCUUGCAUGCAGUACCUGAACGGGAGCCGAGACCCGCCCAGCAGCUGCUGCGACCCGUUGAAGGAUGUGAUAAAGAACAUGCCGGAAUGCCUGUGUCAAAUGGUCAGUGUCCGUGGCAGCAAUGAAGCUCAGAAGGCCGGGAUUGAUAUCAACCAGGCUCAGAUGUUGCCCGCUAGAUGUGGCCAGCGUGUUAACUACAUUGGAUGCGUUCAAGGUUCUGAAUCGAAUGCUGGCAGCCGUUCCUUCCAGUUUGCAAGUGUGAUAACUGCAGCUUCUUCAUUGAUUAUAUUAGCUGAAAUUUUGUGGGCUUCAUAUUUUGCUCAUCUCUGGCAAAUUAUCUCAUGAUCUAUGCUUUAUGUACACAUUGUAUUCCGAUUACACUUUGUUAUUUUUUAAAAUAGAAUUAUGAGGCUUUAAUUA